AUGUUGCAGCAGCCGCAUAAAACACCCACACAGCAUCACCACAAGGCCCGAAUCCAAGAUAUACCCUGACAUCAAAACGAGCAUCAGACCACACGUACCAAAUCUCCACUCUCAAAGGGUGGUGCCGCCUCAGCAAGUCCCGCAGAUGGGCCUCGUCACUAGCUCGCUGACUCAGCAGAUCCCGCCAGUCACACGUCACCGCGUCAUGCAUUUGCGGGGUCGAGACUUUCCCUUUGGGUCCAGCCCAGCCUCUGCAUGGACGAUCGCGACGAGACACCAAGACGCCGAGAGCACUGCCUCACCGCUCGCCAUCCCUCUACUUAUAUGCUCAAUUGGCUAGAUACAUCUUCAAGGUAGACAUUUCAACGCGACGCGCGGCACAGAGUCAUGGCGUCAUAUUUUGAUCUCCCGCCCCAAAAGGCGGCGGCAGUUGCGAAUAUAGAUCAGGUGCCUGCGGAGGAGAGGAGGGAAUUGGGGGGCAUGAGCAUGCUGUCACCGGCAGUAUCACGACUACUAGACGACCUGGGAGACGAGCAAUCGGAUAGCAGUAGCGAAGAAGGGAGCUUAUCUGAAGACGAGGAUCUAGCGGAUAUCGAACAGUCAAACAAGCAACCCGAAGCUCGUAAGAAUUUGCGCCAAGAUAGGCAAAAGCUGUGUCCUCAGACCCCUCCCGUCCCCUCGUCACUAUCGCCUAGGAGGAGUUCGCCGAAGUCUUCUGCGAACAAAGGACCAAAGCGCGUUGGGCUCCUCCCCACAAGUGGCGGUGGCGGUGGGCCUACAAAACAAAAGCAUCCGCACAUGGCUCGAUUUCACUCUCUUCGUAGCAUGCUGUUCUCUGCCAAUCUGGAGGACAAGAUGAGCGUUGUCCAGCAGGAAGAGCACGACCGAAGCGAGGCGGCAAGCAAUUGGAAAAAUCAGCACGACGAACGAAAGAUGCAUCGCCCGAAGACGCCAGAGAAGGAAACGCAGGCGAACGAGGGGAUUGGGGGUAGAAUUAAGAUGAGGAUACGAAGGGUGACGAGUAGGGAAGCGCCUACCAUGGAACGAAUUGGGGAGGAUGGAGCGCCAGUCAAGUUCGACGACCGCGCAUCAACAGCGAGCUCAGACAAUGACGACGAGCAACGAGACAUGUCUUGGAAGUACCGCGAUGCCGAUGAAGAGAGCAUCGACCACUCCGAUGUCGAAGAUCUAGUCCGCUGGGUCAGUCGACGAGACCCUCCCAGCGACGGCGAAGCCAGAAGAGAAGGACCCGUGCCAGAAUUAAAUCAAGAAAGCGGACACGAGAGUGUCGGACAGUCAGACGUUGAUGACUUGGUUCGUUUUGCGAGUCGACGCUCGGACGCGAUAAGAGAGAGCCACGUCCAGACAGGGUACAGCGAUGCAUCGACCGAAUCUGACUCUGAGCUCGCCAAACACUCUUCAGACGAGGAAGAAGACGCAGACGAUCUUGUGCGCUGGAUAUCGCAUCGCGACGGCCCAAAAGCUGGCCCAGUUCGUUGGAAUCUGGACAGGUCUGAGCUCGACGCACCAGCGGAGCAGCACUACGAUUCAGAUGUACCAGAAAUAGGGGGAAGAUUUAAGCGACCUCACGGUACGAGCGGCAAUUCCGCGGCUACAACGACAGUGCACGAGUUUGAACAUCUAGAUGAUGAGCCAGAGCGAGGACGACCGAGGAGUCGGCCCGAAUCGCCGAUGAAAGAGCAAAAAAACCAUCUGAGGAAUAAUGAUAUCGAUGAGCUUGUGAGAUGGGUCAGCAGGAAAGACCCAGAAUCUGGUGAUCUUCGCACACUCAGAUCCACCCAAGCUGAUGUCCAAGAGAUUAAACGCGAUGAGAACGAGAAGAAACAGCGACUCGGCAUGACGGUCGACGACGGCUCGUUAUCACAUAGCGAUGUACAAGAUCUCAUAGAGCACGCCAAGUUAAAAUCAUCACAGCUGCCUGCAUCCGAUCAGCCUAAUAACAUUGGAGGAAGUAAGGAGGAAGUUAGGAAAGAGCAGCUAGGAACGAAGGAAGAUCGGACCGGUAGUUUGGGGAACGAAGAUGUCGAUGAACUUCUUAGGUGGGUCAGUGGACAGAGAUCCUAG